AUGCGCUUCGUCCACAACCUCGUCCCGCUGCUUGGCGCAUCCAACGGCCCAGCCCGCGUCGUGAGCGUGCUAGCCGCCGGCCAGGAAGGCAAAAUUGAAGAAGAUAACUUCGAUUUACAGAAGUCGUGGUCGUUCAUGAAAUCCAACACGUAUGCCGCGACCAUGAAUUCCCUCGCUGUGGAGCACCUGGCCACACUGUACCCGUCCAUCAGCUUCGUUCAUAUAUUCCCCGGCAUCGUCCGCACACCUCUCAUGAACAAGACCAUCGGCUGGAUCGCGGGCCCAAUCGUUACCUUCCUAUCGCGUCCGAUGUCGAUUUCCCCGCAGGAGAGUGGUGAGCGGCACUUGUUCAUCUCGACCUCCGCUGCUUACCCGCCCGCGACGCCUCAGGAUCCGGCCAAUGCAGGCGUGCCGCUUGUGGAGGGGGUGAAGACCAGCGUAGCUUCGACUGGGAAAAUCGGCGGAGGAUCGUAUAUCCUCAACUAUGACGGGGCCAAUGUAGCAAAGGAGAAACUCAUGAGCGGAUAUCGGGCGGAGGAUCUCCCGAAGAAGCUCUGGGCUCAUACUCUGGAGACGUUCAAGAAGGUGUUUGAUCCGGCGCACCUUUACAAAACUCCUCCUAAAGCAAUUCCAUCCAAAGCCCUCCAGCACAACAAAGCCCCUCUAAGUCUACAUACCAGAAUACAGACCAAAAAAAUGGGCUGGAACCUAGACUACAGCGCCAUAACCCCAGGCCCAGGGGGCACGGUCAUGCUGGGCGAGAAAGGCGGUGCCGAAGCCGUCGCACGCCGGGCAAAAGAGCGUCGAGCCCGAGAACGGGCGCUCGCCUUGCAGGAAGGCAGAUUGACGGAUGAUACCAUGUCGGGGACGACGCUUGUUCCUCGAUCACAGUCCAUCAGCAGUGGUGUGAAACCGGGGUCUAGCGGCCACGAAAAGGCGCCAGGUGGUGGGCAGAUGGCGACAGCCGUGACUGAGGGUCGUACUCCGGAGGUUAGCGGUGAGAAACAGAGCGGGUUUUGGGCGAGGUGGAGGGAAUUUAGAGAGAGGAAUUUGCCGUGA